AUGAUAAACUCUACACAGGUUUCAUAUUUCACUUUUGGUGCAUACUUUGACAUUGGGCUCUUUAAAUACUUAUUUUUUCUGAUCAUUAUCUGUUUUUAUGCUGUAAUUAUUUGUGCAAAUCUUUUGCUGAUUGUGGUUAUCUGUAUCAACAGGAGCUUACAUGAACCUAUGUACCUUUUUCUGUGCAGCCUGUUUGUAAAUGAACUGUUUGGUAGUACAGUGUUGUUUCCAUUCCUUCUGGUUCAGAUCCUCUCUGACAUUCACACUAUUUCUGCUCCAUUCUGUUUCCUGCAGAUUUAUUGUGUGUAUAAUUAUGCAAAUAUACAAUUUAUUAAUUUAUCCAUCAUGUCUUAUGACAGAUAUCUUGCCAUCUGUUAUCCUCUACAAUAUAACACACGUAUGACUUCUAACAAGGUUACCGUGCUUAUUGCUCUAACGUGGUUUUACCCAUUUGUUGGAGAUGCUGUCUUGAUAUCUUUAAGUGCUCCUUUACAGCUUUGUGGGAACAUCAUUAACAAAGUUUACUGUGAUAACUACUCUAUUGUCAAACUGGCCUGCUCUGACACCAGAGUCAAUAACAUUUAUGGACUCAUUAACACCUGUCUUGUAAUCUUGGGUCUUCUCAUUUUAAUCCUUUACACAUACAUGAUGAUCUUUAAAGUGUGUUAUUCUGGUUCUAAACAGACCAGACAGAAAGCUGUCAGUACCUGCACACCUCACCUCGCUUCUCUGAUAAACUUUUCUUUUGGUUGUUUCUUUGAAAUAGUACAGAGCAGGUUUGAUAUGAGCAGUGUACCCAUGAUGUUGCGCAUUUUUUUGUCAUUAUAUUUUCUGACUUGCCAACCGAUCUUCAACCCUUUAAUGUAUGGACUGCAAAUGUCUAAAAUACGUAGCCUAUGUAAAAGUCUGAUCUUUGACUCCGGCAUUGUCCGGCAACCCAGAGACUCAGAGGCCGCAUUGCCAAACAGCCUUGAGCCCCCACUGCCCAGCAACCCUGAGGCACUGCAACCCAGCUUGGUGAUAGAUGUCAGGCUGGAUCAGCUUGUUCCUGAGUCGGGGGUCCCAGUUGAUGUCUCACAUGCACCCCAUCUCCUUUCGGCUCCUGCCUCCAGUGUGCUGACGGUGGCUCGGCCGACUCCUGCCUCCAGUUUUCUCCUCCAGAGGGGCUCCACCUUCGGCGGUGGCAUCAUCGCUGGCCUCCAGAGAGUCUUCGCCGUCCUGCUCGGCCACGACAGGGGUUCUGCCUUCGCCAUCAGCUGA